AUGGCCACCAGUCGGCAACGUGGUUACGUUCAACCAUUGUCGGGCGGGGAAGAGCAAGGCGGGCCCAUGUCCCCCUACGCGCAGCCCCGCCGGAUGGCCCCCGGCGGAGGGGGAGGAGGAGGGGACGGUCCCCCCGCGCGCAACCCUGGCCGCGGACGCCGCGUAGCCGGCGGCGGCGGCGGCGGUGGCGCACCUCAGGCGCAAUUCACGCGGAUUAACUCGAUGAUCUACCAGCCGUCUCCACAGCAAGAAGAACAACCGGCAGAGCCCCGUUAUAAGCGCACUAUGUCUAUGGUCGCCCCCGCGCCGAACAACAAAACCCCUCCGCGCGGAGUUAGAGCAGCAGGCGCGGGGGGGGCGCAUGCCGGAGGGCCAGGCAUGGGCGCGGGGAGGGGCGGGCGGGGGAAGCUUCCGCACUCCUCGUCUGUGGGCGGACCGGAAGGCGGAAUGCGCAGGGGGGUGGGCGCGGUCGGCGCGGGGGUGGAAGACCCUUUGGCGGACCAAUUUGGGCGGAGCAUGACGGUCGGAACUAAAGCGCCCACUCCGCGCGGACCUGGUGCGGGGAGAGGCGCUGGCGGAGGCGGGCAGUUUGGCGGCGGAGAGCCGGAGAUCGGACGGUCGUUAACGGCCACUGACGGCCGGCACCGGUCGCCGUUAAGACAGAACCCACACGCGACGGGGGGAAUGGGCGUUGGAGGGAUGAUCACCCCGCGGAGGACCCAGGCGCAGCAGAUGGUGGCGGGCGGAGGGCGCGGCGGAAUGGGCGGAAUGGGGGGGAUGGGGGCGGGUCCGGGCAGUCCGUACCGCCAACGCGCGGGGAGCGGGUUUUCGCAAGGCGGGUACAUGGAGGGCGGCGGAGAGUACAACGACGAAAGCGACGGGAUGUACGGCGAAGACGGUUACCACCAGAACAUGCAACGGUCGCGAUCCACCGGCAUGGGGAUGAUGGGUGCAGGCGGGCGCAUGGCGGGCGGGGGAAUGGCCAUGGGGGGGAUGGGCGGCGGAAUGCCCCCGCAUGCGCCUGGGGGGAGGGGAAUGGGCGGAAGCGGGCGCAUGAGCAUGGGGGAAGAGCACUACUACACGUCGGACGCGUCGGAAGGGGGGGCCGGCGGGGGAGCGUAUCCGCGCAGCCGGUCGGUGAAUCCGCGCUUAGAAGGCGCGGGGGACGCGGGGGGGAUGGCGCCGCAGGGGAAGGCGGGAAAGGCGGAGGUGGACCCGUCGGAACUGCCCAUGCUGCCCCCUCCCGGCAGUCCGCAAGUUGUGCAGUGUCAGCGGUGCUCUCAACUAUUGGAGGUCCCAGCAGCGCUCCCGCCGGCCAAGAAGGGCAUUCAGAAGCUCCGCUGCGGCAAAUGCAUGCGCGUCUCACGCUUCCGAGUCAACCCAGCAGACCCCCGCACUGCUGCCGCUGCUGCUGCGGCCGGCGGGGUUAGCGGCGGGGAGGGGUUUUCAGAUAACCCUGACGUGGCGGAUAGCGGGAAUGAGUAUCAGCAGAAUGAUUAUAUGCAGCAGCAGCAGCAGCCUCCCAGGUCCCCUAGGCUGCUGCAAGGGUUGCCUAGCGGGGGAGGGUUUGGGAGAGGCAUGGGGGGAGGGGGAGGCGGAGGGGGAGCGCCCCCGCUUUCUCCUCGCAUGCAGCGUCCCGGUGGGGGGUUUGGCGGUCAGCAGAUGCACAAUCCAGGUCAGCACGGGCGCACGCCGUCCAACGCGGAUUCGGAGAGCACUGUUGUGAUUCGCCAGGAGUCGGCCGGGCGGCACGCGGCCGGCAGUUUCUACCACCACAUGCGGCCAGAAUCAGAAUCGGAUCUUAGCUCCCCUGUGAGCGGAGCAGAGGGGUAUGGGGGCGGAAGGGGAGGCGGAAGAGGGGGAGGCGGAGGGAGAGGGGGAGGGGUGAGCGGGCCAAGAAGGAUGAUCUAUCAGCGACAGAGCAGCUUUGAAUCCGGAGAUAUGUCUUCCAGUGGAGGCAUGCCGAGUCCUUCCCCCCGAGGUCCAAGGGAGGGGGGUGGCAUGGGGGGAGGAGGGGGAAGUGGGGGGGAGGAGCGGGCGACGUAUGCGCGGAGAGUGAUUGUGAAUGGGGAGCCAAUUCGGGAUGAUUAUGUUUCUGUGGUGGAGCAACGAGCAGGGAACAUUCACCCUGGCAAUUACUGGUACGACCAGGUUGCAGGGUUCUGGGGCGAGAUGGGCGGCCCAUGCCUCGGCAUCAUCCCACCGGGGAUUGAGUUCGGGACGCCGAUUCCCGUGGACUGUGCGGGAGGCGCGACGCGGGUGUAUGUGAACGGGAGGGAGCUCCACAAGAAGGACCUGGACCGGCUCAUGAAGAGAGGGCUGCCCUCCAAGCCCAACAUGUCGUACCGAGUGGAGAUCAAUGGGAGCGUGUAUGAUGAGGAGACGGGCGACUACCUCCUCAGCCUGGGGAAGCUCGCACCCUC